GUUGCUUUAGGUUCCCUAUGGCAGCCAGGAAUGUUGUGUUGUUGGUCAGAGCUCAGAGCCUACAUUUUUAUUAGUCAGAUAUUUGGUUUGUAACCGGCGUCUUUGUUUCCUGUCCGUUCUCCCUCGCGGAACAUGAGACAGAGAUGAGGGAUUUUUUGCCAGAAGCCUAAUUUUAUUCUCUAUUUGUUGCAGUUCUAAAACAUUCCAUCAUUUUUUGGACUUUUUUAUUUUUAAAAAAUUUAAAUCAAAACCUAUUAAAACACUUGAAGAAGAGAAUGGAACGAAGACGAAAAUACCCCGUAUCCUGAAUUGGGGUGUGAUGCUAAUUAUAACUGCAGUCAUGGUGUUUGAUAGAUAUUUUACAGAAGCUGUGAUGCCAUUAAUUGAAGAAGAAUACGGCAUUGAUAUAAAGAAGACUGCACUUGUAGAUGGACUAUUUGCUCUUGGCUUCACCAUUCUGGCUAUAAGUCCUGCCUUUAGAUAUUUUGGAGAUUGGUUAAGCCAGAAGACUAUAAUGUGUAUAGGGAUGACACUUUGGACCCUGCUCACUUUUACCUUCUGUUUUGUACCCAAGCAGUGGUUCUGGCUCAUCCUACUUCUGCGAGGAUUACUGGACAUAAUAGCAGAUUUUUUCUUAAGCUGUGCUUUACCACUGAUUGGACACAUGUUCUCAGCGUCCAAUCGAAGACUCGCCAUAUUUGGAUCUCAGCUGUGUAGCUUUCUUUUCAGGCUAAUAGCGAUCUGCAUAGCAGCAUUAGUGGCCAACCAAUUCUCCUGGCACGUGGCACGACUGGUAAGUGAUAUAUUCAGCUGAGCGCCAUAACGCUUAGAGUAAGAUAUCUGUUAGCAUUUAGACAUAUAACUCGUCUGGCAUCUAUAAAAUACUGUAUUGUAUAUCACAGCACAUAAAUAUAACUUUCAGAAAAAAAAGCAACUAACUGAAAACAAUCUUCAACGUGGGCAUUAUAGUGACCAACUGGCUAGAUGAUUAUUUUUUCUGGCAUUAGGCCUUUGAAAUGCACCAGGAACAAUAGUCCCCUUUAGGCUGUUUCUGGUAAUAUAAGUGGUCCAGAUUUAGAGGGAGCAGAGUAUCUGCUCAGCCAUUGGCCAGUUCUUGUGCUUUUACAUUCAGCCAGUGUUAAUCAUG